AUGAAGUUUUGCCCCAUCCACAUGCUUUCUGUAAGAAUCAUACAAGCUAAGAACAUCAAGUCAAGAGACCUGUUGACUGCAUCAGACUGCUAUGUGCGCUUGUGGCUGCCAUCUGCUUCAAAUGGAAAGCUUCAGACCAAAACCAUCAAGAAUUCUGACAACCCUGUCUGGAAUGAGACUUUCUACUUUAGGAUCCAGAGAGAAAUUGAGAACAUUUUAGAAUUGGCAGUGUGUGAUGAAGAUCCACUCACCAAAGAUGACAUGCAGUUCACAGUUCUUUUUAAUGUUGGUAGAAUCAGACCUGGGGAGAUACUCCGUGAGACGUUUGCUUUGAAAUCAGAGAAAGAGAGGUGCACUAAGAAAUGGGAAAGUUUGGAAGUGGAAUUCUGGAUGGAAAGAAUUCCUGGCCCUCUGGAGCACCUGAUUACCAAUGAUGUCCUAGUGUCCCGUGAGGUUUGCUGCUUGGAAGUGCAAGUGGACAUUAAUGAAAGCAAGAAAUAUUUGAAAGAGGGUAAAAAUCUUGUGCUUACGGUGCUUGCAUCUCAUGAGAGAACACAGAAAACUACAGAGGACACAGAUACGUUCUACUUCCAUUGCGUGAAGGCUUGGGAGCCAGUUCUAAAAGUCAGGCUGCAGAAAGUUUCUGAUAAGGAAGAUGACAAUAACAAUUUAAGUGACACCUUAACAGUACCACUGAAAUUUCUCCCUGUUGGACAUAAAGUGAAAGUAACCCUUCCUGUAAGACAUAAUGUGCCACUGCAGUUGUACCUCCAACUAAAUGAUUGCACAGAUAAACUAGAUGUGCGCUUAGGGUAUGAUCUGUGCCGAGAAGAGCAAGAAUUCUUGCAAAAAAGGAAGAGAGUGGUUGCCAGUGCCCUGAAAAGGGUUCUUCAUCUGGAAAGAGAACUACAUGGACACGAGGUCCCAGUGAUAGCUGUUAUGGCAACAGGAGGAGGUCUCAGAGCAAUGUCAGCUAUGUUUGGCCACCUCUUAGCUCUUCAGAAGCUAAAUCUGUUGGACUGUGUUACCUAUCUCACCGGGGCUUCUGGCUCGACAUGGACCCUAGCAGACCUGUAUGAGCAUGCCGACUGGUCACAGAAGACUCUGGAGGGGCCACUUAAGGCAGUAAAAGAACAAGUGACAAAAUGCAAGCUCAACCUUAUGUCUAUAGAUCAUCUGAAGUAUUAUCACAAGGAACUCACUGAAAGGGCAAAAGCAGGACAUGUCUCAUCUUUUACAACUCUGUGGUCACUUGUUCAGGAAAUGUUCUUACAUGAACGGCCAAGAAAGUACAAACUCACCGACCAGCGCAAGGCAUUGGAGCAUGGACAAAACCCAUUGCCUUUCUAUGCAGUCCUCAAUGUGAAAGAGGAAAAGUUCAGUACUUUCAAAUUUAGAGAGUGGGCGGAGUUCUCUCCUUAUGAGGUGACGAUACCAAAAUAUGGAGCCUCCAUUCGUUCAGAAUAUUUUGACAGUGAGUUCUUCAUGGGAAGGCGAGUGAAGAAGCUGCCAGAAUCUCGGAUCUGCUAUCUGGAAGGCCUUUGGACAAACAUCUUUACUAGGAAUUUGCUGGAUGGCUUGUACUGGUCCUCAAAUUCAAAUGAAUUCUGGGAACGGUGGGCCAAAGAUAUGGUAGAUAUAG